UAUUCAGUUCUUUAUCGGCAACUUAACAUUUCUUUCUCUCAAUUCUUCAAAAAUUGGAUCGUAAACCCUAGGCCAGAGACCUCAUUCUCUCAGUCAGUCUCUGUCAGGUAAUAUGGACGGAGAGAGACGCUGAUCUGAACAAAAAUCAAAGGUUUGUAACAAAUGUCGUCUUCAAACUCGCCUUGUGCGGCCUGUAAGUUUCAGCGUCGAAAGUGUGCGCAAGAAUGUAUUUUUGCGCCUUAUUUCCCACCAGACCAGCCACAAAAAUACGCUAAUGUGCACAACGUCUUUGGCGCUAGCAAUGUCGCAAAACUUCUUAAUGAACUGAGUGCCAACUUACGAGAAGAUGCAGCCAACUCGUUGGUUUACGAGGCCGAGGCUCGCCUUCGUGACCCAGUUUAUGGCUGUGUGGGUCUCAUCUCCAUCCUUCAACAUAGGCUCAAACAAAUUCAGAGUGAUCUUUAUAACGCCAAGAAAGAGCUGGCUUCAUACAUUGGCCCUCAAGCUAUGAUGCCCAUGUUACAGCCCCAAGCCUUUAUGCCACAACAGCACUCUUGUGAAAUGAUACAACAGCAUGGCAUAUCGCCGAUGAUGGCUAUACCCAUGGGAUCACAGCAGCAACAUCAAAAUCAUCAGCAGCAGCAGAUGCUUGAGGCUCAGCAAAUGGUGGCUGAGAGAGAGCAACAGAUUUUGAGUUGUUCUGAGCAACAGCAGCAGCAAGAUGUUGUUAGGUUUAAUUGUGGAUUUGAUGAUCCAACAGCCACUGGGUUUCACCAUAUGAGUCCUGCUGCUAUGUCACCUUUGGCUCUGGGGAGUUUCGAUAACCCAUAUCAGAUUCAACCGCAACAACCAGAUUAUCAUCUCUAUUCACAUCCUAUUCAAGCGCAAAUUCUGCUUCAAUCACAACGGGCACAGUCACAGCCGCAUCAACAAGCAGCAAAAACUUAACAGCAGCAAAAGUCUGGUCAUUGGUGAAGUUUUGAAGCUCUUUUGCUGAUUCAUUGAAGAAGUUUUUUUCUAUUCUAGGUGCUUUCAUUUCUCUAAGCCUU